AACGAGCAAAAGGUAUUGGAUCAGAAGCGUUUAUAAUAUAAUGCAACACCAUUAGUGAGUAUUUGGAAGAAAUAGAGCAGAACCUGGAACAUGAUGCAUGGCGAACAAGCAUUUCGUAGGAAAUAUAUAUUUCAAAGGAAAUUGCAUCCUCCUCGAUUUGGUUUAUGAAACCAAAUUUAUUUAAUCGCCAUUCAUUUUCUGUCGGUUGAAUUCACUCAACUCUUGACUUUUUCUUCUCCAGGCUUUGAUUAACAAAAGCCUCCCUGUCAUAUAGGUAGGUUGGCUACAGUCCGUUUUUAUUUCUCACCUCGUGUUGAUUUUGUAAUUCGUGCCAGAAUACGGGCUCAGCAGAAGUUUCAGCUUUGAAAUAGGUUACAGUUUACCGUCUGACUGAUUGGCAGUUAAAAAAGUAAAUAAACAAAACUACAACAACAUCUUACAGAUUCUGUUUAGGGCCUACCUAUAUGCGCUAUUGAACUAACGGAACUAAAGUCUGACGUUAUGUUCGGUGCAUUGGAUCAGAGCCUACUGGUGGAAAGCUGUGCUGUGGUGUCCUAUUCGUUGUGAGAGACAUGGACAACAGACUGGGUCUGGGUGAUGAAGAGGAGGGAGAUGUGGGGACCCUGUGGCACUCUUUGGACUGGCUGACGUCCUGUGUGAUGGUGGCUGGAGGGGCUCUGCCCUACGCCUCACAGUACCAGCAGAUCCUUCGGACCAAGAACACAGACGGCUUCUCUACACGCGUCUGCCUGGUUCUGCUGGUCGCUAACAUCCUCCGCAUCCUCUUCUGGUUUGGGAAGCAGUUUGAGGUGACUCUGCUCCUGCAGAGUGUGGUGAUGAUUCUCACCAUGCUGGUGAUGCUCAACCUCUGCUGCUCUGUACAGAACACCAACCGUAUCAGCACCAAACAGCACCACAUCACAGAUCUGGAACCCCGGUUCUUUUGGAGCUGGGAUGGCUUUGAGGACUACCUCAUCUUCCUGUUGGCCUUCACGCUGCCCUGUGCCUUCGCCACCCUUCUCCUCCUGGACUCCUCUCUGUUUGUGGAGUCCCUGGGCUUCCUGGCCGUGCUGACGGAGGCCAUGCUGGGGCUACCACAGCUGCUCCAGAACCAACGCAACCACUCCACCACCGGCAUGAGAACGGUCCAUCACCCAAAGGACAUCCAGCCAACUGGACACAACUGUGGGAAGUAUUGGAGUCAACAUGGGUCAGCAUCCCUGUGGAACACUUUCAACACCUUGUAGAGUCCCUGUGGAAGGCUUUCAACACCUUGUAGAGUCCCUGUGGAAGGCUUUCAACACCUUGUAGAGUCCCUGUGGAAGGCUUUCAACACCCUGUAGAGUCCCUGUGGAAGGCUUUCAACACCUUGUAGAGUCCACGACCUGACAAGUUGAGGCUGUUCUGAGGGCUAAAGUGGAGGAGGGGUGUUCCUAAUGUUUUGUACACUCACUGUAGCUCACAGGCGUGAACAACAUUACUUUUCAAGCUAAUUUUGAUUGAUCUUCAUGAGAAGACUAGUAUUUAUGGAGUUGCCAGGUUUCUCAUUUUAAUGUAUUCAUGUAUUUAUUUGGGUCGUUUUUAGUUUUUCUAUUCAAGUUAUUUUGACUUGAAGACUUCAUGUCUUCAUAUUAAUGUUGAUACAGUUAUUUAUUGGUCGGCCAGUCCUCGGGUCACUCUUCUGAAACACUUCAUGUCUUCAUAUUAAUGUUGAUACAGUUAUUUAUUGGUCGGCCAGUCCUCGGGUCACUCUUCUGAAACACUUCAUGUCUUCAUAUUAAUUUGAUACAGUUAUUUAUUGGUCGGCCAGUCCUCGGGUCACUCUUCUGAAACACUUCAUGUCUUCAUAAUAAUGUUGAUACAGUUAUUUAUUGGUCGGCCAGUCCUCGGGUCACUCUUCUGAAACACUUCAUGUCUUCAUAUUAAUGUUGAUACAGUUAUUUAUUGGUCGGCCAGUCCUCGGGUCACUCUUCUGAAACACUUCAUGUCUUCAUAUUAAUGUUGAUACAGUUAUUUAUUGGUCGGCCAGUCCUCGGGUCACUCUUCUGAAACACUUCAUGUCUUCAUAUUAAUGUUGAUACAGUUAUUUAUUGGUCGGCCAGUCCUCGGGUCACUCUUCUGAAACACUUCAUGUCUUCAUAUUAAUGUUGAUACAGUUAUUUAUUGGUCGGCCAGUCCUCGGGUCACUCUUCUGAAACACUUCAUGUCUUCAUAUUAAUGCAGACUACCUGCUUCAAGUAUACUUCCAGGAUAACAACACAAUUUGUGUUUUUAAAAGUGUUGUUCAUGAAAAUAAACGUGACAUCAUAAUGUU